AUGAGUGAAAGUGGAAGCAGUGCAAUAAAAAGUAGAAGUGACCCAAGAUUUGAAAGAGAAAAGGGAAGAAAAAAAGCACCUUUGUGUUUAAAGAGAAAAUUUGUGUUAUCAGUGAUGUUAGCACAGAUGGAUUUAUAUACUGUAGUGGAGCCAACUCUCAAGGAAGUACUUGCAGUGAUCAAGCCCUUGGAUGAGGAUCGGGACACACGGCUUAAGAUCAUUGGAGAAUUGAGCGAAGUUGUUCAAUCUAUGAAUAGUUUAACAGGUGCAACUGUGAAGCCAUUUGGAUCUUUUCUGUCUGAUCUAUUCAUAUUGCGGGGAGACCUUGAUAUUUCUGUUGAUUUACCUCAUGGGUCAUAUGUUUCUUCUGCUGGAAAGAAACGGAAACAGGAUUUACUUCGAGAAUUACACGAAGCUUUAAGACAGAAAGGUGGAUGGUCAAGGUUACGAUUGAUUCCCCGUGCAAAAGUUCCCAUUUUGAAAGUUGUGAGCAAAUGGCAGAACAUCUCUUGUGAUAUUUCAAUUGAUAAUCUGGAGGGCCAAAUAAAGUCCAAAUUCUUGUUGUGGCUGAAUGGGAUAGAUGGUCGCUUUCGUGACAUGGUUUUACUGGUGAAGGAAUGGGCCAAGACGUAUGGUAUUAAUAAUCCAAGGACUAGGGCAUUCAACUCAUAUUCCCUCACUUUGCUGGUUAUCUUCCAUCUUCAGACAUGUGUACCUGCAAUUUUACCUCCUUUAAAAGACAUAUACCCAGCAAAUCUCGUUGAUAAUCUUACAGGUGUCAAAGCUGAUGCAGAGAGUAUUCAACAAGAGUGUGCUUCUAACAUUGCCAGAUUUAUAUCAGGCAGAACCAUAAAUCAAAGUUCUUUGUCUGAGCUCUUCAUUUCCUUCUUUAAAAAGUAUUCAGACAUAAAUUUGAAGGCCUCAGAGAUGGUAAUCUGCCCAUUUACGGGGCAGUGGGAGUAUAUAACAAGCAAUACGAGCUGGUCGACCAGGACUUAUCCAGUAUUUGUUGAAGAUCCUUUUGAACAAGAAGAAAAUGCUGCUAGACGAGUUGUCAGGCAGGAACAACUUAUAAAGAUAUCUGAAGCAUUUAAGAGAAAUCAUGGAUUGCUUAACUCGACCAAUCUGUCCCGAAGUACUCUCCUUGCUACAUUAGUCGGGCAACGAAGAGCCCAAUUUCUCAUAAAACCUCAAGUUAUUCAUUCAAGCUACAAUGGUGGGCAAUACCUGAAUCUAUAUCCACAGGUGCACCAGGAUUCACUUUUUGCAAAUGCAGCAGCAUCAGUUCAGGAACACAAGGCCCUCAACCUCACAAAUGCAGCAUCAAGCUCAGGAGAGGAUGCCCUCAACCUCAGAAGUGCAAUAUCGAUUUCAGAAAACAAGGAUGGAAAGUAGAACAAGGCCAUAACAUCAAUUUCAGAAGCAGGCAACAUCACCCUCAGUCUCACAAGUGCAACCUCAAUUUUUUAGACAGCAAGGCCUGAAAGUUAUCCCGUAAAUUUAGCCCCUCAAAGGCCUUUUGAGCAUCAGGGGCAGAUGUGGAGACCAUAAUCAAGGGCUGGAAAUUUUGGUAUUUUGGUUCAAGAAAAAGGGGUGAAAUACAUGCAGCCUGAGCUUCGAAUUCAUUUUCGAUUUGUACUGUAAAUGCUUAAUUUGAACGAUGUCCUCAAACUUGAAACC